AUGGGAUGUCAAGGGUGCUGCUGCUGUUGGAGUGCUGGGCACCUGAACCAAGACAAUGCCAGGUUCUUGCUCCUGGCUGCCUUGAUUGUCCUGUACAUGGUGUGUGGGGCAGCUGUCUUCUCUGCAAUUGAGAGAGCUCAGGAGUGCAAGGCAAAGGAGCAGUGGGAGGAGAAGUUACUAAAUUUUAGCCUGAACCAUAAUCUGAGCCUGGAUGAGAUUCGAGGUUUUCUCCGGGAAUAUGAGGAGGCCACAGCUGCUGGAAUCCGAAUUGGUGACAGCCGGCCUCGGUGGGACUUUACUGGUGCUUUCUAUUUUGUAGGCACUGUGGUGUCCACCAUAGGUUUUGGCAUGACGACACCUGCAACUGUUGGAGGCAAAGUUUUUCUGAUAUUUUAUGGUCUUAUUGGAUGUGCAGGCACCAUCUUAUUCUUCAACCUCUUCUUAGAACGUUUGAUUACGGUCAUUGCCUACAUCAUGAAGUCAUGCCAUGAGAGGCAGCUCCGAAAGAAGGGGGUCCUGCAAUCUGAUAACCAAAGAGGCUCUGGGACCUCAGAGGCUGACAGCAUGGUGGGAUGGAAGCCUUCCGUGUAUUAUGUUAUGCUCAUCCUGUGCAUGGCAUCCCUCAUCAUCUCCUGUUGUGCCUCUGCCAUGUACACCCCCAUUGAAGGUUGGAGCUACUUUGAUUCUCUUUAUUUCUGUUUUGUGGCCUUUAGCACCAUUGGCUUUGGUGACCUCGUCAGUAGCCAGAAUGCCCAGUAUGAGAGCCAAGGGCUCUAUCGCUUCGGCAACUUCGUCUUCAUCCUGAUGGGCGUCUGCUGCAUUUAUUCCUUGUUCAACGUGAUCUCCAUCCUCAUCAAGCAGUCCGUCAACUGGAUCUUGAAGAAAAUGGAAUGCCGGUGUUGCCAGUGCCAAAGAAAGGCCCUACUCUUACGGAGAAAUGUGGUCACUCCCAGCAAUGUGCGGAGUGGACAAGAAAUCUCUAUUGAGACAGAUGGUGUGAUUGAGAGUGAAACAGAUGGACGUCGCCUCUCGGGAGAGAUGAUCUCCAUGAAGGACUUCUUAGCCUCCAACAAGGUCUCACUAGCCAUCCUGCAGAAGCAGCUGUCAGAAACAGCCAACGGAUGUCCUCGACAAGCCAGUGUGUCAGCCCGACACAAAGGAUUCUCAGGAGGGGUGGGGGCCCUGGCGAUCAUGAACAACAGGCUGGCAGAAACAAGUGGGGAUAGAUAAGAGAGAAACUCUGGACACUGAAAGCUAAGCAGAGAGCAAAGGCCAGAAGAAGUUGUCAUCAAAGAAGCCAAGGGAACUCAGCAAGACUGUUUGCCCUUAGAGGUUUUUUGGCAACAGUUCCUUAACACUGGCUGCACUUUGGCAUCAUCUAAAGUCUUUGAUCCUUGGCAGAAUUUUGUUUCCCCCAAAUCUGCCUUCCAAUGGACCUGUACUGAAUGAAAUACCAUCCUAUUUCUGUCAA